AUCACUCCCCCCUCCCAACCUGAAAAUGUUCUAUCAAUCACGUUGCGCGGAGAAAACAACAUGGUGACAGCGGGAGUUUGAGGCGAGCCAUGAAUGAGACGGUCUCUGCACGGCCCUGUCUGCAGCCACACUGACUGUCACUCCCAACCGAUCCCAGUUCUUCCAGUACAAUGAAAUUGUUCUUGCCUGUGUGAGGAACUCCAGCGGCUGGACAGUGAUGAGGCAGAUUAUGAACCGGCCUCCUCAGAAAUGUCAUAGAGGCUGGGGAAUCCCUGGAAAUUCAUCCUGCAAUAUGGAGAAUCUCAUUCCAAUAGACACCGGCGAAUACUGGUGUGAGUCUGAGCGAGGAGAACGAAGCAACAAAGUCAAUCUCACUGUUACUGAUAAAACUGUGAUCCUUGAGAGUCCUUCAUAUCCUGUCUUUGAGGGACAAAAUGUGACACUUGGUUGUUCCUACAAAGAACCAUAUGGCAAAUCCACGUCAGACUUUGAUGCUGAGUUUUACAGAGAUGAUGUCUUCAUUGGGAGAGAGAAACCAGGGAAAAUGAUCAUAGAAGCAGAGGAAGGUUUCUACAAGUGUCUCCAUCCUUUUAAAGGAGAGUCACUGAAGAGCUGGCUGGCAGUGAGAGCUAGAGUUCCCCAAGCAGAAGUUUCUCCUUCUCCUCCUCCUCCUCCUGGUCCCGAUGUUCCUUGGAUCAGAGUGAUUAGUUUCAUUCUGCUCUUCAUCCUCUACACCAUCAUACUAAUCUUGUGUGUUUACACAUACCGUAAAUGGGCUCGAGCCAAGACUGAUAUGAAAAGGAGAAUUGAUGAUCACGUUUUGUUGAACUGAAGACAAAGAAGACAAAAUAUUGAUCAUCUGUUUAUUGAAGCAAAAUGAAAAAUAAGACGAAUGAUAUUAAAAAUACAGAGAAAUGUGAUUUAUUCUCCCAGUCAAAACAGAGUAUUAAAGUAUUUUCAUCUAAUUUUAUAGACUAUAUGAAGUUCAGAUAAAAUAUAUUUUGCACUUUUUAUAGUCUGAUUCAUAACUAUUUUAGUAACAUAUGCAAAUGGCUAUAUUGUGGACAAGUCAGCCGCUAUGAACUGAGAUAUUAAACAUUUAGUAAAAAUAGGAAAUUUGGGACAUUUAAGGUAUUUAAUAAGCCUGACACGAGCUCAAAACAAUUUACCUUCAAAUUGAAAUGUGAGAUUGAUUUAAUAAUUAUUCAUGUCAUUCUGAAAAAUGUAAAUGCAAAUAUUUUAAGUUCCACAACCAU